AUGCUAGAGAAAAAGAAAGUGUCGUCAAUGCUGAAAUCGGGACUACUUACCCCAAUAUACAAGAAGGGUGACCAACAAAACCCCUCUAAUUACCGUGGGAUAACUGUCACUACCAUUAUCCUGAAAAUUCUGGAGCACAUCCUCAAUGCCAGACACAACAUCAUCUUGGACCCAACCCAAUCCAAACUACAAACCGGCUUCACAAAAGGCACCUCCUCAAUCAACUCUGCUCUCAUUGUAACUGAGUGUCUCAAGGAAGCAAGAAUACAAAGGAAACCCCUUCUUCUGACAACACUUGAUGCACAGAAGGCAUUUGACGUCGUCGACCACAACAUCCUCUUAAACAAACUCUAUGAUGACGGAAUUACAGGAGCAGACUGGCUGAUGAUCCAAGACCUAUACAAAGAUGUCACAUCUAAUGUGAAAUGGGCAGGGCAGAUCUCCGAGCCCUUCAAGGUUCGACAGGGAGUCCGGCAAGGGGGAGUACUCUCUACUUCCCACUACAAACGCUUCAAUAAUCCCUUACUGCUAGACAUAGAGGAAAAUUGCCAGGGAGUAAACAUAGGAUACAUCAGAAUCCCCCACACAACAUGUGCAGAUAAUAUUGCCAUCCUGGCGCAUUCAACAUGCGAUAUGAAACAUAUGCUGAUCAGAGUAGAAAACUACUCAACACAAGAACGGUAUCUACUCAACCCUUCAAAAAGCAAAAUGAAACUGUAUAAUACCAAACCUACAGAAUCAUUCACCAUUUAUGAUGAACCGAUAGAGGUAGUAGAUCGACUAACUCACCUUGGAAUAAACAGGAACCACAAAAAUACCAUUGACAUAGAGAAAAUCAUCCAGAUUGGAAGGAAAACAGCGUACUCACUCAUGGGUUCUGGCCUCCAUGGGAAAGAUGGAUCAAGCCAACUUAUCAAAGCUCACCUAUGGAACGCAUAUGUCGUCCCGAAACUCACAUACGGACUAGAAACGCUAGACUACACAAAAUCACAGAUGAAGAACCUCGAAAGAUUCCAGACCAAGUCUCUGCGACAGGUCCAACAUCUCCCGGACAGGACAGCAACAUCCAUAUCGAUGGUACUACUUGGAAUCCCAUCACUCAACUCUAUGAUUGAUAGAAACACGUUAAACCUAUUCUACAGGGUCAUUUCCAACCCAGAUACCAUUGAGUACAGUAUAGCAUACCGUCAAUUGGCAGUAAGGAUGAGAGAUGAGAACAGUUGGUUUUCACAUGUCAGAAAAUUACUAGAACAAUACCAUUUACCUACAGCGUAUGCACUCCUGGAAAACCCACCUCUCAAACGAAAUUGGAAGGAAAUGUUGGACAGUGCUAUAUUAACUUAUGUUAAUGAAAACUGGAAAGAGGAUAUAUCAACAAAGCCGUCACUAAAAUAUGUCAACCCUGACUCCAUCUCACUCAAGAAGCCUCAUCACGUAUAUUCUACCGUACGAAACAAUAAACAUGAUGUUCAACGAGCUGAAUGCAAGGUACGACUCCUAACCGGCACAUAUACCCUCAAAGCAAAUAGAGCAGCAUUCAACCAGUACAACGUCGACCCUGAAUGUAGAUUAUGUAAAACAGGAGCAGAGGACAGACAACACUUUAUUGCUGAAUGUAAAUCUCUCCAUAGUAUCAGACUACGCCUACACACUCGUCUAAGCAGUAUUCCGGCAAUCAGACAAUAUACAGAGCUCGUGUCAAAUCCAACCUACUUGACCCAUUUGAUGCUUGACUGUACACAUCCCGUGAUCAGCGAUGUAUACACCUUCAAUGAAGAUGAGAUCUACAAAAUUGAACUAUACAGCAGGGAAUUCCUGCAAGAAAUCCAUCUAAAACGUCUGAAGAUGCUCAGUGAAUUAGAUAUAGAGGAGAAAGGCAGACCUCCCAGCCCCUGA